AACCGUCUGGUUCUUUUCUCUUCCUCGGUCCAACUGGUGUUGGCAAAACUGAGCUGGCUAAGGCUCUUGCUGAGCAACUCUUUGACGAUGAAAACCUACUAGUUAGGCUUGAUAUGUCGGAGUAUCAUGAAAAAUACUCUGUUAAUAAACUUAUAGGGGCACCGCCUGGGUACAUUGGUCAUGACGAAGGUGGACAACUAACUGAACCCGUGAGGAGACGACCUUUCUGUGUUGUACUAUUUGAUGAAGCUGAAAAGGCCAAUGCUACCGUAUUCAACACGCUACUUCAAGUGCUAGACGAUGGGAGAUUAACGGAUUCGCAUGGGAGGACAGUCGAUUUUAAAAACACAGUUAUCAUAAUGACUUCUAACCUUGGGGCUGAACACCUUAUUUCAGGGCUUACAGGUGAAGUGGCCAGAGCUGUUAAACAGAUUGGAUGA